AUGCCCGGCCGCCUACUGUCGAGCCUAGUACGCUCGUCCUCGCCACAUGCCAUCACAUCAGCUUCCCGCGCUUCAUCGACUACUUCAGUGAACGAUAGUGCGCCAUCAUCUUCUUCCAACACAUCAUCCAAGAGAAACUCCUGGUCGUUCCCCACCGCCGAGGGUCAUGACAGCACCAUCGAAAAUCGCAUCACAGCAGCCAUGGACCAUAUCAUCCACCCCCACAAGGAAAAACGCAUAAGUCUGGGAAGAUCAUCGCGCUCAAAGGAGCGCGGCAAAUCCUCAAAAGAAAUUCAACGCACUGUAUCCGGCCCAAAGCUCGACGUGGUCAUUGAAUCUCCCCCACUCGUCUUUUAUGGCACCCCGGCCAACUCGACUGGAGCUUUGUUUUCCGGACGUAUGCGUGUUACCGUCUCUGAGCAAUUGGGUUCCGCCACUUUGAAAGAAUUCAAGGUCGAUCUCACCAAGACAUUCACAACCAAGAAACCAAUUUCCAGGGACUGCCCCGGCUGCGCUUCCCGGCUCGAUAUUCUCAAGAAAUGGGACUUUUUGACGGAAUCCGUGACUUUGAAAAACGGAGACCAUGACUUCCCCUUCAGCUACUUGUUCCCAGGAAACUUACCCGCCAGCGCUCAAGGAAACCUCGGUGUUAUUGAAUACUGGAUCACUGCUCGUGCCGUUACAACCACCGGAGCCGAGAUUGUCAAGAAAGUUCCUCUUACUGUUCAUCGUGCCAUUCUGCCCGGUAACGACCGUGCCUCUGUCCGUAUCUUUCCUCCAACCAACUUGACCGGACGAGUUAUCCUUCCGUCUGUGGUACACCCAAUUGGUGCGUUCCCAGUCCAGAUGAGUCUCAGUGGUGUCGUGGAAAAGGGAGACGAAACUCAAACUCGGUGGAGGCUCCGAAAGAUGAUGUGGCGUAUCGAGGAGCACCAAAAGGUGGUUUCCAGCUCUUGUGCAAAGCACGCCCACAAAAUUGGUGGUGAAGGAAAGGGCGUUCUACAUCAGGAAACCCGAAUCAUCGGCCACAACGAGGAAAAGGCCGGAUGGAAGACGGAUUUCGAUACUGCCGGUGGUGAGAUCAACAUGGAAUUCUUGGCCAAUAUCAAGCCUGGAAGCAAGCCUAUCUGCGAUCUCGACGUCAAGGGUCAUAUGGAAGUCAAGCACAAUCUCGUCAUUGAGCUCAUUGUUGCGGAAGAGUUCUGCCCGAACCGAAACACCAAGCUUAUUACUCCUACCGGUGCUGCUCGCGUUCUCCGCAUGCAGUUCAAUCUGCUCGUUACUGACCGGAGUGGUUUGGGAAUCAGCUGGGACGAGGAAAUGCCUCCCGUUUACGACGAUGUUCCAGCCAGCCCUCCUGGAUACUUUGCCGUCAAUGGCGGCUGCGAGAUGGAAGACUAUGUUGGCUCGCCACUUCCGGAUCUCCCUGAUUACGAAGAUCUUGAGCGCUUGGAUCGAUCUGAGGAUUCGUCCAUCUCCGGACUAUCGCGCGAGAUGUCUCGAUUGACAGCCGACGACCUCAUCGCCGAACCUGAGGUUGCAGCCCCUCGCAACCAUGUCGAAGCGGAGACACCGGAUGUUGUUGAAGCUGGAAACCUCGAGGCAAGCGAAACUGCUUGA